CGUUGAUCUUUUUUGAGUACAAUAGUUCAAGUAUUGCUGGACAUGAAACUGCAUUUUAAAAAAUGUGAAAAAGUGGCUUAAUAAACCACGGUAAGUUUAUGUAAAGCUUAAAUUUCUUUCAUUAAUUUGGCGAGUUUGUAGCGGAUAAUUAUUUGAACUACAUAUGAUAUUUGUCACAUAAUAUGUCUAAAAUGCAACUCUAAAUCUGAUUUGUUUGUUUUGUGUCUUUAAAGAUUUUUUAGUCAAGUGUGUGUUAGUGUAGUGAAAUAAUUGAAGACAUUAACGUCUGUUGGGAAAAUUUGAAGAGCAUUUAUGUGUUAACAAUUUAGUAAUUAUUGUGACAAAUGUAGCCAUAUUAUUUAAUAUCCAUGUCACGCAAACAUCAGAAACCUCUAAUGUCCAGCAGAAGUUGAGUUGGUAUUACAACUAGAAAAUAAUUAUUUUCAUCAUAUGUAGUAGUCUUAAUUUUCAUGCUCAAGUGAUGCUGUGCUUUAUGGUGCUAAUAUUUAACAAAACACGUCAAUUUUGUAAAUUUUGUUGCAAUUCCAGGCAGUCAAGCACAAGGCUAUUUCUUGAAUAAGAAGGUUGAAUAAGAAUGCAAAGUUCUUUGGGAGUGAAAACGUUGCUACAAGAUCCAGCAUUAGUUGCGAGAUCAAAAUCAUUUUCAGCAGAUCCUCCUGUGAAGAAACCACGGCCAUUGUCAGGUAUGGAAGCCAGAAUACAAUUUUAGCUUCACCAAACUUGAAAACUCAGAACUUAAGCCCUAGUCAAACAAAGAUGAGAGUUGCAACUCUUGCCGGCAUUUCAUCAUCAACUCUUGUUGACUCUCAUGCAUUCACAUCAACAUUGACUGCAUGGUUCAAAUUUUGAUGAGAGUUUUGGCUAGCCAUGCAGUGACAUCAAGCCUAGCUGACACUAAUCACUUAGUAACAGACAUAAAAAAUAUUGUAGUAUUAUAAUAAUAUAUAUAUAUUAUAAUAAAAUAUGUAUAGCUAGUUAUUGUUUACUUUUUAAAACAGAUAUAUUCACAAUAUUUAAUGUAUCUUUCACUUUUCAUUAAUAUAAUUAUAGCAUGCAGUAUCACUGUACCAGACAUACUGUCCGGUGAGAAAAGCAUCUUCGUGGACAUUUGCCUUUUUCAUAUUGGACAGUAUAUCUGUGUUCGACUUAUUGGUCAGUAUAUCUGUGUCCGCUUAUUUUCAGGCUUGAGUAACAUCCAGUCAAACCUCGCUGAUGCUUGUCUUGUUUGACUGGGACAUUACUCUCCCGCGCUUUUUUCUCAGUUUCCACAUAGUCAUAUCAUAAUAGUUGAGCACAUGCAUGUGUUGUUGUAGCGUGUGUAAAUUGAACAACCAUACUCUGUGUAAAUAAUGAAUGAUUUUUUUAUUUAUUUAUUGGUGCCAAUAUAAAUUACUUUAAAAUAAUUAGUACAAUAUCAACUGGCCCAAAAGGGAAUUGUUUGAUUGUUUAUUUUCCAGCUCCAACACAACCAAUAUGGCAGAAUCCUAAUGCAUUACCAGCUCGUUUUCUCAAGAAAUACAAUGUCAGACUAAACCACGUCUCUCAAGAAUCUCGCGUCAGUAGCGCAGCGCCUUAUGCAAGCCGUAAAACUCUCGGCUCACCAACAAGAGCUCAAGCCACCGGAGGACGUUCAGAUCUUAACGAACCAUACAAUCCACUUAACGACCCACAUCUUACUCGUUACUACGCGAGGAGGUUUGAAUCUUCUGCUUCACAAACUAAACUAUUCAAGGUAAAUAUUUGUUAAACCAUCUUAAAUCCUCAAUUAAGCCCUCCACUCCAAAUAACAUCCCAUCAUUCCAUUGAGGAAUUUACUAAUUAAUAUAGAACAUUGUCAGGGAGAGUGUGCAUCUUUUUCCGUUAACCAGACAAUUUCCACCCUUGUUACCUAAUAUAUCUUACUUUGUCAAAUACCAAAAGAUUUUAUUAAUUGUCAUAGAGAAAUUGUGUUUUCCAAACCAUCUCUUCAGUUCUUUAUUUUCUUAUUCUGCAGUCGGCACAAAAAGGAAGGAAAAGAAGAGCUUCAGGAGUUGUGUACAAGCUUGUUGUGAGAACUGAUGACAGAAAGAAUGCUGGCACUGAUGCUAGU